AUGCUGUCACAAAUAGAUCUUACUGCAGCUUCGCGCCCUAUGUUACUACCAGAUGAGACGCUGCUGUUUGUACAAAACGCAGUCGGUCUCUAUGAAGGUAAAUACAAGAUACCGAACUACCAGAAUGGCUGCACAUAUCUCACCUCGCACCGCGCUUGUUAUGUCGACAAUGACGACCCACGUAAAUAUUCGGUCGCGGUAGACCUGAAAGAUGUUGAUCGGAUCGAGUUCUACGCAGGCUUCCUCAAGUCUUCUCCAAAGAUCACAUUACAUCUAAAACCCACCAUCUCAUCUGGCUCUCCUGGAGGUCCCUCCGCUUCAUCUACUCCUAGAAAUGGGACGCCGCUCAUAAGGCCUACAUCUCCUCUGCCAGUGUCUACUGGUAUUUGGAUCUGCCCUAUAUGCUCGUUCUCAAACCCGGUACCAUCCAACUACACACCAGGAGUCAUGGCUCCUGGAGCUAUUCCUUCUUGUUUAGCAUGCGGUAUACGCCCCCCCGCGACAGUACUUGAUAACUCGUUCCAGCAGCCACCACGGUCUCCGACACCGCUCUCAUCGCUAUCCACACUAUAUCCCUCUUCCGCCCCCGGUGGAGAGUCAAGUACAUACUCUGACACGACCCUAACAUCAGCAGCGGUGCCACAAGACGAAGCAACAUUCGCGUGCCCCCGCUGCACAUUCCUAAACCAUCCGUCUCUCCCCUUCUGCGAGAUCUGUGGUGAACGUCUCGUCUCCCCCAACCUCCCCAAUGAUAUCCCGCGUGUCGACUCCCCUGCGCCCAUAUCAUCUGCACAUCGCGGCGGCCUCGUAGGCGAGACUGUUGAGCUCGUUAAGUUUUCCUUCCGCGCCGGUGGCGACAGAACAUUCCACGAAAAACUUAAAUGUGCGCUCGUGCAGCGGAAAUGGCUACUCCAAAAUGCUCCACCAGUGCCAACGCCGGGUGGCGGCCAUAUAGGAAACGAUGCCAGUGGCCGUACGACGACAAGCACGGGCACAAACGGUGGGAUGGAACGAGUAGUCGGCAUUGCGGGACUUGAGAGGCAGGGUAUGAAUAUACGAAAGAAGAACCAGGUCGUUAUCGAAGACGCGUUCGAGGAUCUGGAGGCGCUCAUGGGACGCGCAAAAGAGAUGGUCGCACUUGCGGAGAGCUUUGCUGUUAGGUUAGCCUCUACGCCCACAUUUGCGAACGGGGAGGCCAAGGCCGCCCUUGCGAAUUCGACGCAGGCGCUGGGAUUGGUCACUAGGGAUAUGCUCGGGGCUGGUGGAAGUGGAGAUUCAGACCUAUACCUAUCAGAGCUCGCCCGCCAGGUCGCCGAAUUCCUAGCCGAUGAUAAAAGGAGCAUUUUGAAGAAAGAAGGCGGCGUUAUCACGCUUGUAGACUUGUGGGCAGUUUACAACCGUGCUAGAGGGAUCGAUCUGAUAUCUCCUACGGAUCUGGAAAAGGCUGCACAGCUAUUUGAAAAACUGAAGUUGCCAGUGCGAUUGAGGAGGUUUAAAAGUGGGCUGCUGGUUGUGCAGGAGGCCAGAAGCACUGAUGCAGAAACAAUCAGACGCAUUAUGGAAUGGAUCAAUGUUGAUGCCGGGAGCAAGUGGGGAAGAGGUGUCACAGCCAGUGAGGCGGCUGAGAGGUUUGGGUGGAGUGUUGGGGUUGCAAGUGAGGAGUUAGAAAUGGCGGAAGAGAAAGGAGUGUUGUGCAGAGAUGUAGGCAUUGAGGGUGUCAGGUUUUGGGGGAAUGCAUUUUUGAGGGGUGAGACCAAGGCAUAG